CAUCACGGUGCGCCUACAUGUGGGCUCAGGUCAGACGGGGGUAACGGGUCUGUUAGACGCCGGCUAGCUAGUCAGAUGAGAUCUCAGCAGCUGUGGAGCGUUUUCUUUCAUACUUUUCAUCUUUUAUGAGAGAAGACGCUGUACGACUGAUAACAACAGCAGACAUGUCGUACUGCAGGGAAGAGGGUAAAGAUCGGAUCAUCUUUGUGACUAAAGAAGACCAUGAGACUCCUAGCAGUGCGGAACUCAUUGCAGAGGACCCGAACGAUCCUUAUGAGGAACAGGGUCUGAUCCUACCAAAUGGAGACAUCAACUGGAACUGCCCGUGCCUGGGUGGCAUGGCCAGCGGACCCUGUGGAUCUCAGUUCAAGGAGGCCUUUUCCUGCUUCCACUACAGCACAGAAGAGGUUAAGGGCUCUGAGUGCAUCGAUAACUUCCGUGGCAUGCAGGAGUGCAUGCAGAGGUACCCUGAUCUUUAUCCUCAGGAGGAAGAAAAGGAAAGCUCCUCUCCAACAGAUUCAGAUUCGGGGCCCGCCUCUGCUGCCCCUACUGAGGGCUCUACUGCUCCCCCUGAAACUGACAGUACCCUGGCCUCUGACAGCAAAUUACCUACAGACAACCAGACUGCCAGCUAAGGUCAGUCAUUGUCAUACAGGCUCUUGUCCUUUGUGUGAAAGCACUGCCCAGCAUAAAUGACCCUCCACAAGGUGCUCCGGUUGGUUUCCUCUCCUGUGCAGCCUACAGAGGAGCCUACAUUACUCUGACACUCACGGGCAGAAUUCAUGAUCCAUCCAAGAGGGACUCUGCGUAUGCAGAGAGAAGACCUACAUAAAGAUAAAGUAUAGGCUGCUUCUUCUGCAGGGUUUUCAAACCAUUUAAUAUUAUGACUUAAUGACGGUGGGCCAAGCUGUUUGCUGCAAGGACAUUAGCUGAUACUCAGUCUAUAUGCAAUAGGAAGUGAUUAUCUGUGUUUACUUGUCAAUCAGAAGAGCUGCUUGUUUGUGUUUGUUAUGUGUGUUCUGUUUGUAACUGGUUAAGAAUGUCACUUGCACUGAGGAUUAUAACUAAUUAUAUAAAUAUAUAUAUAUCAGACAGAAAACUAAGAAGUAAUCACUAGAUUCAGUGAUCUGAGCUAUGCUCAGCUUAUCCAAGAACUAUACCUCUACCAAAGUUUGGCUUUGACAUCAGCUCAACAGUGAAAUGAGUCCCUUUCCAUCACACAAGAGACCAAAAGUCAUGUACUUGUUUAGGAAAACAAGACGGCUGUUUCAGGCUACAUUUAGUAAACAUUACAACAAUGUAAACAUUAAAGUGGUUAAUUGUUCCAUUCUUAGUAGAACCCUCCUGGUCUCGCUCCACAUUUAUUGCCAUAUGAAUGAUACUUAACCUUUUUAGAACUGACAAGACACUUGGCCUAAAGUGUUUUCACUUUACACCACCACUGCAUCAAGGGUUUGUUAUCUUAACACUGUCUAGAGUUUUCAGUUAGAAUCUGUGGUCAUACAAUGUCAUUCAGGCCUUAAAUCAUGAUGGAUUUUUGUUAAACAUGCAGAUUAAAAUGAUUGUUAAACAA